AUGUACCUCAUUCAACUAGCCAUUGAAUAUGGCGCGCCCGUUUUCCUCAUCUCCUCUCCCCUCACGUCCUACCUGGACCAGAUCCUCAGCAUUCACCGGAAUAGGAGUUCGGCUGGGUUUUCGCUAGACAUCCCGUUGAUUAUGCUUGUCGCAUCGAUCUUGAAGGUCUUUUACUGGUUCGGGGAAUAUUAUUCCAAGGCCUUGCUGGCUCAGGCCGUGGUUAUGAUCUUGGUGCAGAUAGCGCUGCUCAAGGUUGCUUUGGACCAUCGGCCUGCAGUGGGCGCAAAGAAUGGCAUCGAGCAUACACCCUUCAGCGGUGGUUCUCAGGGUGGAUUCAACCGGCCCUAUGAUUUCUGGCAGUGGAGGAACACCAAGCCAUACUGGCUCUUCCUUGCCUAUUUCGUCGCCAUCGUGGCCGUCCUCCACCUCACCCCUCUUUCCGGCUCCGAGACCUAUAUUGGCUUCCUGGGCGCCGUCGGUCUUGCUGUCGAGGCUACCCUCCCUCUCCCUCAGAUUCUGGCCAACCAUCGCUCUGGAUCCUGCAAGGGCUUCCGACUGUCCGUUCUUGCUGCAUGGAUCAUUGGUGACACCAUGAAGAUGAGCUACUUCUUCUGCAGCCAGGACACCAUCCCCUGGGCGUUCAAGAUAUGCGGUAUGUUCCAGUGCGUGUGCGACCUGUACUUGGGCUUCCAGUACUGGACGUUCACUCGCGGCUCCGGCCGGGCUGCUGGCAGCUCGAUGGAGCAGGAAGGCCGGUGGGGACAAGAAGAGAAGGACAUUCGCAUGAACUGA